UUCAGCCAUGGCAGAGGGGUCGGAGAAGGUGCCCAUCGCCCGAGCGGGGCCCGAGGACGUGGAGCAGUGCCUGCCGCCCGCGUACACGGCAGCAGUGCCCCCUCCAGGGCCAGGGCGGCUGCUGAAGGCAGGGGCUGCGGUGCUCAUUGCUGGGGCCCUCCUGCUCCUGGCCGGGGCCAUCGGCGCAUUCUACUUCUGGAAAGCCACCGAGCGGCAGGUGUACAAUGUUCACUAUACCAUGAGCAUUAAUGGAAAAGUACAAGAUGGAUCAAUGGAAAUAGAUGCUGGAAACAACUUGGAGACAUUCAAAACAGGAAGCGGGAGUGAGGAGGCUGUUGAAGUCCAUGAUUUUCAGAUUGGCAUAACCGGCAUCCGCUUCGCUGAAGGAGAGAAGUGUUACAUCAAAGCCCAGCCGAAAGCUCACGUCCCUGAGGUGGAUGCUAUGACCAAGGCGAGCCUCUCCUCUGACCUGGAAGAUGAAAUCAUGCCCGUUAGAUUUGAUGAAAACUCCCUUAUCUGGGUGGCUGCAGAUGAACCUAUCAAGCAUAACGGCUUCCUUAGCCCCAAGAUUUUAGAGCUGUGUGGGGAUCUUCCAAUUUUCUGGCUUCGACCUACAUAUCCCAAAGAUAAGCAACGGGAAAGGAGAGAAAUGAAGAGAAACAAACGCCAGUCAGAACCAACCUUUAAUACAGAAGACUUGGAAGCUGCUACUGAAGAGGUCAACACCAAGCCACCCACCACCCAGCUGACUCGAGAGCUCAAUCAGCAGUCUAAUGAAACCAGGCCAGUUGGACAAGAAACCGAUGUCGGACAAGAGAGCGACCAAACGCUUAAUCCAGACAACCCGUACAAUCAACUGGAAGGUGAAGGGAUGGCUUUUGACCCCAUGCUGGAUCACCUCGGCGUGUGCUGCAUCGAAUGCAGACGGAGUUACACGCAGUGCCAGAGGAUCUGCGAGCCUCUCCUGGGCUACUACCCGUGGCCCUACAACUACCAAGGCUGUCGUACCGCCUGCCGAAUCAUCAUGCCCUGCAGCUGGUGGGUCGCUCGCAUCAUGGGUGUUGUGUGAGAAAAAGCUUUCAGUUCCUUGUCAAAAUAAGCAGAAACAUUACAACAAUAAACUGAUAAAAGACUACGACCAAAGGGGCAUCACCAAUCCUGGCUUUUAUAUCAAAGUGUGUGUUAUUGUACCAAAAGAGAGGUCAGUUAUUCAGUGUAAAUAAAAUCUUAAAUUAAUAGUCCAUUAGCUUUGCCAAUGGCAAGCGCAUACUAGCAUUUACUGAAUUCAAAAACUAAGUAUCGUCUGUUUUGGGACACCUAACUUUGCUCACAAACUGGUUUAGCAGUCUAGAAGCUUGCUCAUAAAUCCAAAUUCAGCCUUUCGUAACAAAACCCUCUGAGCUAGAUGUGAAAAUUUAUGUCCAAUUAGGCAACUGGCUAAACUUGUACACUCGGGAGUACCUUUCAUCCAUGUAGCUUAGUUAAAUAAAUCACAAGUUAAGUUGCUCCCUGUUGCUAUUCAUACAGAGCUGCCAGGUCAUUAUGAAUGGUUAUAAACCAAUUACAGCAUACCUUUCCCACAAAGCUGCUCCAGGGGACGCGGGAAAGCGCACAUUGUGUUAGAUCGGAAACAAACGGCAGGAAAAGGGGCCGCGGAACAGAAUGUGCGUGGCCGCAGAAUCAAAACCCCUCGCACAUCCCGACAUCAAAGCCGCCCUGGCAGCAAGAAUCUUGUAUCCACGAUACCACGGCGGUGUCUAACAACUAUCUGCUCUCCAGCUACUAUAGCGCAAGUAUUUACACGCAGUUGCAGGCCAAAGAGUCUCAAGACCCUUCAGAGCCUACAACAGGCCCUGUAUUUAUAAAUC